CACUUUGGUGACUUUGAGUCUAAGCGCAGCGCCCUCUGCUGUUCACUUAAGAUAUCUACACCUGCCCCAAUGCAACCUGCAAUGAUGAUGUUCUCUUCCAAAUACUGGGUCAGGAGGGGAAUGUCAUUGGAUUCUGCAAUCAGCCCGGAUUUUCUACAUACAUCAACACGGGACAAAUUGAGUGCUGUGAAAAUUGAUGAGAACAAAUGUAGCAAAACUGAGCCAGCUGUUGAAAUAGAAAAAACAGCAGUUGUCCUCACAUUGAAAAAUGAAGUCGGAGGAUUAUUACAAAAUUUAAAAAUUUUCAAGGAAAAAUAUGUAAACAUUAUUCACAUUGAAUCAAGAAAGUCCAAAUCAGGAAAUUCUGAAGUGGAAAUAUAUCUAGAAUUUGAAUGUUCCAAGAAAAAAUGCCAGGAGCUUAUUCAUCUGAUGAAGCUUCAAAGUAACGUCAUUUCCCUGAACCCAGCUGAGAGGAUAUGGAAAGAAGAUGAAGUAGAGCUUGAUGGAGUCCCAUGGUUUCCAAGAAAAAUCUCAGAAUUGGACAAAUGUUCCCACAGAGUACUAAUGUAUGGAUCAGAACUGGACGCUGACCACCCUGGAUUUAAGGACAAUGUAUAUCGCCAAAGAAGAAAAUAUUUUGUGGAUGUUGCUAUGGGAUAUAAAUACGGGCAGCCUAUUCCUCGAGUGGAAUACACCCCAGAAGAAAUAAAGACCUGGGGAACAGUGUUUCGGGAACUUACAAAAUUGUACCCAACACAUGCCUGCAGAGAGUAUUUAAAGAACCUUCCUCUGUUAACAAAAUAUUGUGGGUACAGAGAAGACAAUGUUCCACAACUUGAGGAUGUUUCAGUGUUUCUUAAAGAAAGAUCUGGAUUUACAGUACGGCCUGUUGCUGGCUAUCUAUCUCCCAGGGACUUUUUAGCAGGCUUGGCAUAUCGUGUAUUUCAUUGCACUCAGUAUAUCCGUCAUGGAUCAGAUCCUCUCUACACACCUGAACCAGAUACAUGUCAUGAACUAUUAGGCCAUGUCCCUUUACUUGCGGAUCCAAAGUUUGCCCAGUUCUCACAGGAGAUUGGUCUGGCAUCAUUGGGAGCAUCUGAUGAAGAUGUUCAGAAACUAGCAACGUGCUACUUCUUUACAAUAGAAUUUGGUCUUUGCAAGCAAGAUGGACAGCUGCGAGCCUAUGGAGCAGGACUACUGUCUUCUAUUGGAGAGCUGAAGCACGCCUUGUCUGACAAAGCUACCGUGAAAACGUUUGAUCCAAAGACAACUUGCAUGCAAGAAUGUCUUAUCACUACCUUUCAGGAUUCUUACUUUGUGUCGGAAAGCUUUGAUGAAGCCAAGGAAAAAAUGAGGGAGUUUGCCAAAUCAAUCAACCGUCCAUUCUCUGUACACUUCAACCCAUACACAGAAAGCGUGGAAAUACUUCAAAAUACUAGGAGUAUUGAAAAUGUUGUACAAGACCUCCGGAGCGAUUUAAACACAGUGUGUGACGCUUUAGCUAAAAUGAAUAAGUAUUUGGGUAUAUGAUUUUGGAAAGAAAAUAACUGGUCUUCAUGUGUUUGCAAAAAAACAUUUUUUAACCUUAUAAUUUACACAUUAUUGAUAACAUUAACUGUUGUUAUUCUGGCUGUUUGAAUAUACCAUUUAUGGUUUUUUUCCCCACACAUCUGUGUUUUGCCACAAACUAAAUAAUAUUAAUUUAAUACAACUGAACAUAUAUUAUAUAUAGGGAGAGAGAGAUGGGAGAGAGAGAUUAGAGACUUCCCAGGCAUGAACAAUGACUUUUAUACCCCUAACUUGAACACCUUGAAGCCAGAAGUUAUUCGGAUAUAAAUAGUAAAGUGAACACCGGCGAUCCCAAUGAGUUGAAAUUCAAACAUAGAAUGUGAAUAAAAAAUAACUUAUUUGGGUCCCAUAAAAGCAAAAAAGAAUAAAUCCAGCAAGUAAUAUAUAGAGGUAGCCAGCUAGACAGGCUAACAUAAAGAGACAGAUGAUGCUUAACAUGUUUCGCACAUAUAUGCUUUGUCAAGAGCUUACAUAAAUAUAUCUGUGUUACGGUAGAUCUACUUAUCCUUAAUCAUUAACUUUGCUAUACUGAGAUAGAUAAUCCAUGCACUCCACGUGUAAUUGGGAAUACUGUUCCUUUUUGCAUUUCUAUUUCUUUGUUUCUGACUUCUUUGGAAAGCUUUGCAGACUAUACUACUGGUAUGUUGGCUUGCCAGUGUGGGUGCUACCUGACUUCAUACAAGUGCAACAUGUUAAACCUUUUUAAUUUUAAGUAGGCUCUUUUUCAGUGUUUUGUACAAGGUCAUGUCAAUUUGGAAUGGCAUUGUGUUUCUUGCCUGCUUAAUUUUUAAUUCAACAAUGGGUUUUAUUAAAAAAGUUUCAGUU